CGGUGAUUCCGCCUUCCCGAACACCGACCUCCUCCCUGACACACUUCCACAUCUUCCUGCAGCAGCGGGGAGUUGUUUUUAAAGGGUUUGUUAGCAGCGAUGAUGGGAGAAAUGACGGAGCAAAAGAGGCUUUCUGAAGUUAUUAACCAGAUAUUUCAAGAAGCGCCGACUGCCAGGAGGAAUCUGGUUGAUAACCACAGUAACCUCCACCGCGUCGCAGAUUACUGCGAGAGCAACUUCCUCCAGGCAGAGGACACAUCGAAGGCGGUUGAGGAGGCGAUGGGUCUGGCUGCUCAGGCUCUUGCCAGCGUGGCGUACCAGAUCAACAGCGUGGGCAGCACCCUGCUCCGGUUGCUGGACUCCCAGGACCUGCAGAUCAGAGACCUGGAGUCCUCCGUCAACCUGCUGUCCCUGGCUGCAGCUAUCCACUUGGAGUCGGUAGCCAGGAGAGAGAUUGGUGCUUUCACUACUCCUAAAGACAGAACCCGAGCCAAGCUCAUCACCCCCCCGACAGCAGGCAAGGAGCCGGAGAGAAGUUACUCCAGAGUCCCAAUAUCGUUCUCCAUCUUGGACUCCACUGGACACUGCUUUGAGUACCCCCUGCAGCCUAAGAAAGCCGACUCCACAGAGAGCAUACAGAGCACUGCAGACUACACUGUGUCCAGUUACGGCAUCGCUGUCCCCCCUCCAUCAGUCCCCACCUGGCCAAACGUCUCCAACCCCACCGACAACAGCCUGCCUCCGCCUCCUCCUGCCAAUCUGGACCCCAGUAUGACCGCCCCUCCUCCUCCACCAACACCACCACCUCCUUCCUCAAUGGACACAGGCCUCCCCCCUCCUCCGCCAAAUUUAACCUCACCCACAUGUCUCCCCCCACCUCCCCCUCCACCGCCAAUCUCUCCGUCGAACAACGCCUACCCGCCACCGCCUCCUCCUGUAUCGGGAGGUUCUCCUCUUCCUCCUCCACCUCCUCCACCUCCUCCUGUAUCGGGAGGUUCCCCUCUUCCUCCUCCACCUCCUCCACCUCCUCCUGUAUCGGGAGGUUCCCCUCUUCCUCCUCCUCCUCCUCCUCCACCACCCUCUCAGACUGGCACCUCUGGGUUUGUGCCACCUCCACCUCCUCCUCUCCUACGCUAACAGACAUUAUCG